AUGAACUUUCACGACAAGGUGGUGGAGUUGGCCAGGCGUCAAGACUCCAUCACUGACGGAGGCACUGUCUAUUCCGUCGUUUAUGUCACGGCAGAGCCAACCUUUACUGGUGUCAUUGGAGGCUAUACCACUCUCACCAGCGCCAAUAAUCCUCCCGCUCAGACAACUGCCCAGGGUAGCAGCGCCGCCGCCACAUCUUCUCCCACCACCAGGUCGUCUAGUCCUUCCACUCAGAGUGUUGCGCCGACCACUUCUAUUUCCCUAGCUGCGCCAACAACAAGAGAAAAUGCUUCUGCCACGCCCUUUUCCUCAGUGUCAACCACCGACAGCGGCGCCGUAUCAGCGGCUACUGGAUCCCCCGAACCCUCGUCAAGUUCGAGUUCUGGUCUCUCGACAGGAGCGAAAGCAGGUAUAGCCAUUGCGGUCAUCGCCAUUGUUGGCCUUAUCGCUGUCUUCUUGUUGUGGCUGCUCGGGAAAAAGAGGCGUGAGCGUGAAGCGCAGGCUGUCGGAGACAAUGAGAAACACAAUCCUGCUCCGGAAAUCAGCAGCACGGAGAUGGCGACAAGGAGUCCACCCAUCAGCUCAACUGCCCCAAGGAUAAGUCUCCGGCCUGUUUCUCGCAUGUUGCCCGAGUUCAUGGGAGCGUCUUCUAAGAGCAGACUCAGCGCUGGCAACUUACUCACUACCAUCGGAGAAUCAAAUUCAUCCCCUGCCGCCGGUCCUGUUCGAAACCUGAGUCCCUCGCCUCAACCGCGUGGUCCAAGCCCAACUCACCUUCGAGGACCCAGCCCAACCCGCCCGUCUCAGGACGACAACCCUUUCGCUGAUCCCAAGAAUCCGGUCGCGGACCCUGAGCAAAGGGCUCAAGCCGCUGGUCCCGUUAGUAGCGCAGCCUCCACUGCGACGUCAGCGUCUGUCACUCCUGUCAUUGCUGCUACUGGUAUUGCUGCCGCUGCUGCCAAAGCCGCCGCCACGCCCGCCUCGACCAUGGAAUCCAAGGCGACCCCUGCUCUUCGCGAAGGACCAACUGCUGCUCUCGCUCCCAAGCCAGUCACAGCUGCCAUUGCCCCUUCUAUGUCCGCUCCAGCACCAACACCGGCGCCAGCUCCAGAACCAGUCUCUGUUCCGGCCUCUGCUCCUUCCUCUGCUCCGGCACCUGGUCCCAUGCCUGCUCCUGUUCCUGUUGCUCAGCGCACACAAAAGCAGACUGCUUCUCCAGCUUCCUCGGCACCCUCGUCUCCAGCUCUAUCCUCCGCCACCGGCUCUGGAUCCGAAGCGGCUCAAGGCAAUGUUUACCGAGUUCUUAUGGAUUUCACGCCUUCUAUGGACGACGAACUGGAGUUGAAGAACGGCCAACUUGUUCGGUUACUACACGAGUACGAUGAUGGAUGGGCUCUUUGCAUCCGACUUGAUCGAUCUCAACAAGGUGUGGUUCCUCGCACAUGCCUUGCCGCCAAACCAUCCAAGCCGAAACCAUCGCAUCUCAACCAAUAUGCUCGACCGCCACCUCCACACGGAGGGCCGCCAUCCCGCCCUAUGUCUCCAGCUGGUGGUCCCCGAGCUGGCAUGGGCCCUCAGCGCCCGAUGAGCCCAGCAGGGCGACCCAUGAGUCCCGCAGGCAGAUCCAUGAGCCCUAUGGGAAGGCCCAUGAGCCCAGGUGGUGGAAUGCGACGCCCGAUGAGCCCAGGCUUCAACCAAGGACCGCGAUCGAUGUCUCCGGGCCCGCGCAUGGGACCUCCAGGCCGAAGCAUGUCUCCUGGACCAUAUGGAGUCCGUGGUGGGCCCCCACCAAUGGCCGGAGCAAAUCGACCAAGGAGCAAUUCUGCCAGCAACGUCAGAGAGAAGCGCAACUCUCCUGCUGGGCCAUCGAAGCUGGGACCCGGCUCGGGCAUGGCCUUUUAA